AUGGUCCAAGGAUCCCUCAAGAAGACCAAGCCCUCGGGCGGCUCGACCUCGAAACGUCCCACAGCCCUGGCCCCCAAACGCGGUCCCCGCCAGAUCGCCCCCAAGAAAGCCUCGCUCAUCAAGCAGCAGAAAUUGACCAAGAAACUCACGGCCGGAUUGACCGCCCAGACGGAGAAGAAUCUCGCCGAGAAGGCGGGCCACCUGGAGUUGUUGGCCGGUGGGAAGAAGGAUAAGAAGGCGGGUGCUGCCAAGGGGAAGAAAUGA